CUUCCUCCCAUCCAUGCCGCCGGCCCUGGGUGUAUUUUCUCUUUCCUGUCCUCAUCACCGGCUUCGUCGUCGCCAGCCCUGCUCUGCGCGCCUGCCGCCUACGCCUCCUCUCGCCCCGGCCCGUCUGCCACGCCUCCUCUGCCUGCUUCUUACGCGCCCACCGCCGCCUUCGAGCGCCUGCAGCCACCAUGAAGGAGUACCUCGACUCGGACAGGGUCAACUUUCUGAUUUGGAGGUAUCUGAUAGAAGGAAACUACCGCGAGACCGCCGUCAAGUUCCAGAAGGAGUGGCACGUCCAGGAGCCUCAUCGCGAGCUCGAAUUUGCCCGCCAUGUCCAGAGCCACGCAUUGGUCAAUGUCUUGAACAAGGGGCUCGUCUACAACUCGCUGGAGCGAGAGCACGCACUGGCGCAGGCGCAGGCGCACGCUCAAGCCCACCAGACAUCGCCAAGUGCAGGAUCAAAAGAUGCACAGCCGUCCACUGAGCCAGUGGGCAUUUUCGGCCCUCUGUCCGUGCAGCCUCCCAACUUCCAGCAGCCCCCGCAGCGUCUUCAAGCGCAGCCACAGCCACAACACCAACUGCCGCCGCCACAACAGCAACAAACGCCCACCCCUGCUACUGGGGACGUGCCUGAGCAUGGCGAAGAGAUUGACACGUCUGGUCCAAACGCAAUUAACGCGCCUGCUGAUACAGACACGGCCAGGAAACGGCAGCUGGACAGGCAGCCGCAGUCUGGUCUGGUCAAUGGAUCGCCCGCAAAGCGGCCCCGUCUGAGUAAUGGGUACGAGAAUGGGGCGGAUGCACCAGCCGUUACCACCCCGAUGGAGUUGGAUGGACAAAACGGGGACAGCCAUGCUUACCCAUCACCCCUGGAGGCCGCCGAGCCUGCACCAACGCCCACGCCUCGAACUGACGGCCCCGAGCAAAGCACCCAGAUUGACAAAGUCAAGGAAUUGGCGCCAAGAACGACUUUCGUCUCAUUGGGACCAUCUGACGACUUGCCCGGCUCGUCCCCUGUUCAGUCGGUGUCCACAACCAGCAGCGAAAACGCGCCAGUGCUCCUGCAUUGCCAGUGGAAUCCCCGAGAUCCCACCAUCUUGGCGGCUGCCGGUACCGAUGCGCUAGCCCGGAUUUGGACAGUUUCGCGUGGAACCAACCCCGACCCAUCGUCAGGUCACGUGAAUGGCCUCGGCGUCGACUCUCAAUUUCACAGCCUUGUUGACGAUGAUAUUCCAUCCAAGGCCACAGCCACGGCAAUGGCUUGGAACUCGGAUGGCACCGUCAUUGCUGUUGCGACAGACUCGGAUACCAAGGGCCGUCUCACGCUAUGGAGUGCAGAUGGCCGCCACCUUGACCACUUCGAGGUUCCUGAACCUCCGAUCAUCAAGAUACGCUGGAAUCCCACCAGCGCUGCCAUGCUCGGCAUCGCACCUGACAACGGCGGCACACUCGUCACUGUCUUCAGAUCGGGAGACUCGAAUACGGUUUCGUACACUUUACCUGCCCAUAAUCUGGACUCGGAUCCCCUCGAUGCUGCCUGGACAAGCGAGUCUGAUUUCCUCCUCUGUGGCGGUGAAAUGCUCAUCCUCUUCAAGUGCACCGAUACGGAGAUCGUCGAGGUCAAGAAGUACAAGACACGGGAACACGACAGCCUGACUCAAGUCCAAUUCGACUGGAGAUCUUCCUUGGCCGCAACUUGCAGCGAAAAGGGAUACGUUGACAUCUGGGACGCAAACGGCAAACGUCGUGAGAUCGAAGCACACUACAAUGCAGUUACGGCGAUAGCAUGGCAACCACUUUCGGGCCCAAUGCCGACGACUGGUGAACGACUUCUGGCUUCAGGUGGCGAGGACGGUGUCAUAUGCAUAUGGAACGCGCUGGCCCCAAGUGGCAAAUCCAUGUGCUCCAUGACCAUGGGCCUGCCUAUUGUAGCACUCGCCUUUACACCAGAUGGUGCCUUCAUCGCUGGGGCCACGAAUGAAAGGAUCUUGAUCUGGAAGGUUGGGGAACACAGCAUACCACGGGCAAGCUGGAGUAGAACACCACAUCCCGGAUGGCUUAGCCCACGUGCAAACUCGGAAUCCGAUGAGGAAGACGAGCACUGCCUGGGAUGGGAUUCAACCGGCAACAAGCUUGCUUAUGGUGUCAACAGCAGGCUGGCCGUCAUUGACUUCCGGUGAUUGCAUCCACCUCCCAGAUUUGCAAUGUCAACUCAAACGGUAGGCAAUACCUGCCGGGCCGUGUGUCUGGCGCCAGGUCACUGCAUACCGAACAGUUCAUUCUCCUCGUCAAGCAGGGAUGCAUGUCGAAAGGCUAUGCCGUACCGAAUGGCCCACUGUCGACACCCGCUGCACAAAGUGUAAGCUGCGGAUGGAAGGCGCGAUUUAGCUACCACACCAUGCGAUGUA